AUGAGCGCUGAGAACGUACACCACCAAACGCCAUCGCCGCGGGGUGAGAUGGCGGACACGCUCAAUAGAAGCAACUCUGAGCAGACAGCGCUGCUGGAUGACGACCACUCAGACAGAUUGUCGAAGCCCCACCUGUCGCCACUGUGCCAUACGGAGGCCGGGGGCUCGUGGUGGAAGUCACCAGGCAAGGCAGAAGGACGGACACCCGCUCGCAUAAUGCGUCAUGGCGGCCGGCGCCACGGCUUGAGGGAUAAUGCGAAUUCAAAAAUAGAAAAGUUCCGCAUGGCACGAUCCCUGGCCAUCCAGUGGCUCUCUUUGUUGAUGCAAAACCCACCAGACGCCGCCACAAUUCAGGCGUACCGAAAUAUGAAGCUGCAGCAUCGGCACCAGCAGGAAAAGCAAGGCAGAGAACACGCAGAACCAAGCAGCACUGAGGGAGGUUUAGCAAAGGGAACUUCAUUCGCGGAGGUUGUGAGAAGAGGUUUUCCACUCUCUUCUUCUUGUGGUUCGUCAGCUGCUUCCGACGCUGUUGUUCUUGUUGACGCUACUUCAGAUAUUGGCACCCAACAUGAUAGGAAUGUUGGCUCGAGUAGAAUUCAGUCCUCUGCGGAGACAUUUGAGCUCAUCCCAGAAGAUGAAAAGUCUGUUUCAGAGCUUAUCCGAGUGCUACGAGAGAUUGCUUUAACGGGUGCCUCGCUGGGAAACGUCUCACUCGAGAAGGAGGGAACUGCAACGAAUGGUGUGAGUUCUUCAUCCACCGCCAUGGGGUGCAGCGGGGCGGGCACUGGUGUGGACAGGGUGGAAGGCGGCAGUAGCCGUGUCAGUAAUGGUAGUGGUAGUAGUGGCAGCAACGGCACCAAGAGUUGUAACCGUGUCACGCAUCGGCGCAAUGCGGAGGGCCAAUGGGAGGAUAUUAAGCUGUAUUUCAGUACUGUGCACCGGUUGGUGCAGAAUCGCGAGGAAUUGACGUUUGUAUUGGACACUGUUUUGGGCACUGGCUGGUGCGUGGAUGUCGAGACGUCACCAAAGGAUUCGGAGUCAUCCUGCAGUGCAGGCGUGACGUUGCCGCUGUCGCAGGCGGCGAUAUCGGGCAUCGAGUCACCGCGAGCGCCGUCAUUUUCGGACAGGACAACAGAACACAAACCGAAGCAGCAGGGGGAGGCGGACGAGGAACACCAGCAAAUGGUGGUUAUAGACAAAUUGAAGGUUCACAGCACACUCAAUCACAAGGCGGUUCCUUUUGAGUCACGUCUUCAUUCAGUUUUGGCGAGUCCUCCACUGAGUGCGGCCCCGUACUACUUUUCUGGUAGAUCUGCAUCAACGCCGGCGGCCGAUCCUCACACAAACUCCCCCGUUUCCUUUUCAACACCGCCUUUGCAUCAGUGCGGCGGCGUUGCCAUGGAAAUGGCAAGUUCAGCCAUGCCGUCGGCAUCUACGACAGUAUCAAAUGGCACGACACCUCCAGCUGGGCCCUCUCUGCUUUCUUCCAACACGGCAUUCAAACUGGAAUCCCGGGAAGAUAUGAUUCGACGUCGUACGGCAGCUGCAGCCGCGGCCGCGGCAAACUAUGCGCAUACCACUUCUGGAAACUACUAUGGCAACCGCUCACGUGGCACUUGGAGUGGUUCUGUUUCUCCUCUUUUGUCUUUUAUGAAUCCCGCCCUGAGUCAUUCGAGUUGUCCGUAUGAUUAUCUGCUCGUGUUGGAUUUUGAGGCCACUUGCGAAGAGAGCACCCCACCGUCGUACCUUCACGAAAUCAUUGAGUUUCCUGUUGUUAUGGUUGACGUGAGGCUGCAACGGGCUGUUGCCGAGUUUCACCACUUUGUCAAGCCCAAGGUGAACCCCAAACUGAGUGAGUUCUGCCGCCAAUUGACGGGCAUUCGACAAGAAGAUAUCGAUAACGCCCUGCCGCUGGAGGAUGUUAUUCGGCGAUUUGAACGAUGGCAUGCACAGACAGUCCCUCCCGGUUCUCGCACCAUGCUGGCCACGGAUGGUCCCACUGACCUGAAGGAAUUUAUGUACAUUCACAGCGUAUCGCGGCAAGGGAUUCGCUUUCCCAGUAUGUUUUAUCAAUGGAUUGAUGUGAAACGUUUCUUUGCACACUUCUUUCAGUGCCAGCAAGGCAAAAUAAAGGCGAUGCUUGAUGCGCUUAACUGCCCCUUUGAAGGACGGCUACACAGUGGCAUUGACGACGCAAGGAACGUUGCGACGAUUGUGAUACGCAUGCUUAAAUUGGGAUGCUCUUUUUGCGAAAUCCCGCUUAGCCGCCUGCCAUACGGUGCGACAGCUACGACGGCAAGCCUUGUGGCACCUGAGAUCACAACGACAGCGACAGAAACGGUAAAAUUGGACAAAAAUGACACGGAUGCCUCAUCAUCGUAA